AAAAGAGAGACCCCAGAUCCUCCUUUCUGGAAAUAUGAGCUAUUUCUUCAAUACCCAGAUCCAAAAAUGUCAUCUUGAAGCUCAUUUUUAAUGGGUUUAGUGUUUGAAGCACGAUCAAGGAAAAUUUGAGUUACUUUCUAAGGUGUUCUCCUUUGAAGCUUCUUGGGUUCCAUAGAACAAUAUUGGGUUUAUAUAUAUUUUUUUUCUCUAAAUUUAGAAAUAAUAAAAGUUGAGGGAGAAUCCCCGACAUGGAAAAUUCAAGAAACAAGAGAGGGUAUGGGGAGAGCGUUGAGGAUGCAGAGCACGCACCGGAAUCAAAAAAACAGAAGUUGCCGGCUUUGGCAAGCGUAAUUGUGGAAGCUUUGAAGGUGGAUAGUUUGCAAAGACUUUGCUCAUCUUUGGAGCCUCUGCUCCGCAGAAUUGUGAGUUUGGAAACUCUUAUUAGCAUUAGGUAGAUAGCAAAAAUGUUCCAAAAGGAUGAUUGAUCAACCUAUGGUGCUGCAUAUACUGUUCACCACUUUGCUUUUUCCCUGAGGAUUGAUAUCUCUCUUUGCUUUCGCUGCAAGUGAAAAUUUUGCUUGCAAUCUAAGUAUCAAGGUUAGCUUUUUAAGAUCAUCUCUUGUGAAUGAAUGACAGGUUAGUGAAGAAGUGGAGCGUGCUUUGGUAAGAUUAGGGAAUGCUAAUUUGACCGGAAGGUUUGUUCCUACAUCAAUAUUUAGACUCUGACUUAAUUUUUCUUUAUCCUGUCAGAUCAAUGAUCAACGUCACGCUUGUGCCUGAUUCUCAAAAAAAGUAGAGAUUUGCU